AUGGAAGUGGUAGCGCUGGUGAUGUUGAUAGUGGUGAAGGUGAUAAUGAUGAUAGUGUUGGCGCUAGUGAUGUUGAUAGUGGUGGUGGUGAUAAUGAUGGUAGUGGUAGCGCUGGUCAUGUUAUUAGUGAUGAAUGUGAUAAUGAAGAUAGUGGUGGCGCUAGUGAUGUUGAUAAUGGUGGUGGUGAUAAUGAUGGUAGUGGUAGCGCUGGUCAUGUUGUUAGUGGUAGUGGUGAUAAUGAUGGAAGUGGUAGCGCUGGUGAUGUUGUAUAGUGGUGAAGGUGAUAAUGAUGGUAAUGGUGGCCAUGGUCAUGUUGUAAGUGGUGGUGGUGAUAGUGAUGGAAGUGGUAGCGCUGGUGAUGUUGUUAGUGGUGAAGGUGAUAAUGAUGGUAAUGGUGGCGCUGGUGAUGUUGAUAGUGGUGAAGGUGAUAAUGAUGGUAGUGGUGGCGCUGGUCAUGUUGUAAGUGGUGGUGGUGAUGGUGAUGAUAGUGUUGGCGCUGGUGAUGUUGAUAGUGGUGGUGGUGAUAGUGAUGGUAGUGGUAGCGCUGGUGAUGUUGAUAGUGGUGGUGGUGGUAAUGAUGGUAGUGGUAGCGCUAGUUGUGUUGAUAGUGGUGUUGGUGAUAGUGAUGAUAGUGUUGGCGCUGGUGAUGUUGAUAGUGGUGUUGGUGAUAGUGAUGAUAGUGCUGGCGCUGGUGAUGUUGAUAGUGGUGUUGGUGAUAGUGAUGGUAGUGGUGGGGCUGGAUUCCAGCGUGGAUUUGCUGUAGUUAUACCCUAG